CUGCUAUCUUAAUGUGGAUAUUUAUUUUAAUUUAAUUUCUUACCCGCACAUACCGCACGGGAGGCUUUUGUGGCAAAGUCACAUUAACCUCCGACUAGUUAAUAUUCAUCUGGCGAAGUCCCCCCAGCACUUGAUGAAUAUUCAUGAGGUGGGCGAGGCCGUCCCCUCACUCCUCCUCCAGCUCCAUGGCGCUCGCGCAGACAUAUUUAUUUCUGCAAGCAGGAGCGCACGCGGCCAUCAUCCUCAUCGUCCUGCAGCUAGGUCUGCGAGUGACAGUCGCUCAGCUCAGUAUGGCAAACAAGAGCGUUUUGACCACCAAAGAGCGCUCUCUGAAGGGCAGGGAGGAGAAAAUGGUCGUGGCAGCAAAGCACGCAGCAAAUGGGAACCCCACAGUGGAGCCAUUUCCUGAUGGCAUGGAGAUGAUCAUGUUUGGAAUGGGCUGUUUUUGGGGAGCAGAGAGGCGCUUCUGGAGGAUUCCUGGUGUGUUCUCUACACAAGUGGGCUACGCUGGGGGCUUCACACCUAACCCUACCUACCAUGAAGUGUGUUCAGGUUUAACAGGGCACACGGAAGUACUGCGAGUGGUCUUCUCUCCUAAAGACGUCAGCUUAGAGAAACUUCUCAAAGUCUUCUGGGAAAGCCAUGACCCCACUCAAGGAAUGGCACAGGGGAAUGAUCAUGGCACACAGUAUCGUUCUGCCAUCUACACCUACAGCCCAGAACAGCAAGAGCUGGCCAUGAGAAGCAAGCAUAUGUACCAGGAGGCUCUAACUAAGAAAGGCCUGGGUGAGAUCACCACUGAGAUCCGAGAGCACACUGAAUUUUACUAUGCUGAAGACUAUCACCAGCAAUACCUGCACAAGGUGCCUAAAGGAUACUGUGGGUUAAAGGGCACCGGUGUCACAUGCUCUAUUGGAGGAGAGAAAGGUGAACUCUGACUCGGGGCACUCAGACAUUGUAUGCUAUUUUAAAGGGAUACUUCACAAAAAUGAGUAUUAUGUCAUUGAUUCACCCUCAUGUUGUUCCAAACCUGUAUGAAUUUCUAAGAAUUUAUUUCUAAUAUUCUUCUGCAUCAACUAAAAUGAAGUUAAUAUAUAGCCCAUAACAAAG